AUGUCGUUAACAUUGCUACUUAUAUGUCGUCGGCCAAUAAGACUAUCACUUUUACGCCCGUUUAAUGUCUCUCGUAAUCUGUUCAUCGCUGAAUCGUCAACAUUGAAAUCAAAAUAUGGUCCAUUGAAACAUCCAACGUCAUCAUUUGAAAAUCCAUUUCAAGAGCCAACUGAUGAAAAAUCUCGUCGUCUUAAACUACAAGAACAUAUUCGUUUUCGAGAAAAAUUUCAAUUGGAACAGGAUUAUAAAUUAAUAUAUGCUAUGCCACGACAACGAAUGUUUAGUUUAAUGCAUUUAUUAUGUACAUUUGCUAGUGUAGCCAUGCUAACGUUUGUUACAAUUCAUUUUCAUCGUGAAAUGCUUGACAUGGAACCAUUACUUGAUAGUAUCAAUAAAAAUGUACCACCAUGGAUUUUAUACUCUAUUGCAACAGUAAUUGGUUCAACUUUUGGAUUAGUAUUAAUUCUUAUCUCCCGAAUACCAGUUAGAUUGUAUUAUUCACCUGUUCGUCAUUCGUAUGCUUUAUUUUAUCAUCCAAUCAUAGGCGUGCUUCGUAAAAAGAAAAUUUUAUUUCGAAAUGAUCAAUAUAAAUUGAUUCCACAAAAAUCAGAUAGUAUUGAAUCUGCACAACGAUCUAUUAAAAUUGGUUUGGAAUUCGGUGAUGGUUUAUUAAGGAUGAAGAAAAAGUUUUAUUUAAUUGAAACUCUAUUUCGUUCAAGACGUGAUAUUUACAGAAUUAAAAUGAAUAAUAUUAAAGAUGAUGAAACACUAAAUAACAUGAAAGAUAGAGAACAAAAUUCAACACAAGAAGAAACUGAUAUUUGGGAGACAGUUGUUGAGAAAAAAGGUCAAUAUUUUGAUAAACAAAAAUUAUCACAAAGAAGGACUUUUAUGUAA